UUUCAUGGAGUCGUAUCUUUUCUUCGGUUUAACCCGCGUCCUGUAAUUUUUUAUCUCAAUAUUUUAUUCUUGGAGUCUAGAGAGCGACGGCGUGCUGAUCCGGAAUGUAAACACUCUGCCCCAGUCGCGACUUGUUCAGCGGAUCUGAAGGACGAAGUUAAAGAGAGUUUAUGAGAUGGAGAAAGUGGAACUUCUACAGUAAAAGUAAUGCAGUGUGGCGGACAUGGAGCUCAAUUACACAGCGUGAUUACCAUGGCGGCUUUGCUGUGUCUCCUCCUGCCCUCGCUGCUGGCCCUGGUCACUGCAGCGGAGGUGAAGAACUGCCACCCACAGUGCCGCUGUGAGGUCGAAAGCUAUGGCCUCUUUGACAGCUUCAGCCUCACCAAGGUGGACUGCAGUGGCCUCGGACCUGGCUACACUCCCAUGCCUAUUCCUCUGGACACGUCCCACCUGGACCUGUCCCUCAACUCCAUCACCUCAAUCACUGACUUAAUGCUUUCAGGACCUGGCUAUACCACGCUGGUAAGCCUGGACCUGAGCCAGAACCGGAUUUCCAGAGUAAGUCCCAAGGCGUUUACCAAACUGCGCUACUUGGAGACACUCGACCUCAGCCAGAACGAGUUGGAGAGCCUCAGUGAUGCAUGCUUCUUCGGGCUUCCUUUGGCAGACGUAGAUCUCAGUGACAACAAAUUUAAAGACUUUAACUUGGAUCUUUUUACCACUCGAGGCCAAGAGCUGCCCAUCAGUGUAGAUAUGUCCAAUAAUCUUCUCACUACAGUUUCUACUAACCCACAGACCCCAGGUCCAUAUAUCAAAAGCCUGGUGCUGGCAGAAAAUCAGCUGACAACGGUGCCCAAGCUUGCCGGAAUCCCCCUGCAGUAUUUGAGCUUGGAUGGAAAUCCUAUCACAACCAUUAGAGAAGGGGACUUUAAAGACAUGAAAGACCUCAUAUAUCUCUCUCUGAGUGGUCUGUCUGAGCUGACGACCAUUGAACCCAAUAGCUUUAGAGGCCUGAAGAACCUGCAGGUUCUAGACCUUUCCAACAAUGGCAAACUGAACACAUUGAGUCCAGAGGUUUGCAGUGGUUUAAGUGCUUUGCAGGAGCUAAACCUGUCCAAAUCUGUGGUAGUACCACUACCCGGAACAAUCUUUAACCAAAUGCCGAGCCUUAAAAGUGUAACUCUGGGACCAAAUAUGCAUUGCUGGAAGACACACAAGCAAGGACAGUUUCAUAGACAGAUAGGACAGGCUAAGGCAAACGACGUGUUGACGUGUGAUGUUGCUGGCAUCAUUUUGUAAAUUGUAUUUGUUUUAAAUAAUUCAUCUGAAGACCUGGUAUUACCUGGUGAAUUCAGGUACCCUGGUUUUUCACUCAGCUCCCAAAGCUGAGUGGGUGAAUUAGGUAGACUGGCUACUGAUAAUAGCACCUAGGAAUGAUUGGCACCUUGAUCAAGGUGGCAUUGCCCCUGCCUUACAUCAUCCUAAUGGACUGUAUUAAAGCUUCCAUACCAGCUUCAGACAAACUGUUGUUGGCUUAUAGCUGCUGGGUUUGGACGAUUUGUCACAAGUUCGCAUGCCAAGUCCAGUCAACAUCACACAUGUUUACUGUAUAAAUGGUAUCAGUAGAUCAGAUUUAAAUAUCAGACAGUAUCAGAUGUGUAUCCUCACUGUGUUAAUUGCUCUGUGCCUUAUUUCUCUGACAUUCUUUCCUACAAUUCAGUUCACUUCCUUCUUUUUGCACAAUGCCAACCUUGGUUCAUAAAUGUACACAUUUCCAAUGUAAAUAGUAUUAGGAGUCCGUUUGGGGCUUCCAUGCACUUUAUGUUGAGCCACCCUUUAUUUUCCCAUGGUUACAUUCCUCUUUAAAGGCCUGAAUUACUCCUGUUCUUCACUUCUCUACAGUUUUGAAGGGCUGGUUCAAGCUUUUAUGCUGCAUAAACUGUGCCUGAUUAUGCCUUGGGCAACACAAGAACCACUUUAUAUUUUUUUUAACCAAAGCUGCAUUUAGAGUGAAUUUUCAGUGCCUUAAGGUGACACCAGGCUUGUAUUAAUACUGUUUUAGUACAGUGUCAAAGGGCUUACCGUAUUAAUGUAAUAUAUUGUAACUAUUUGCACAUGUUUAUUGAUUUUGAAAGACUGAUGAGUGUUGAUGCCAGUUUCAUGUCGGUUCAUAACACUUGAUUCCUGUUAAGCCAAGUCAGUGCGAGCUGUGAGCUGAAUGAAUGAACUGUAGUGAGUCAUUUAAAACUUGCAUGUUUUUUAAUCUUAUGCAGUUAUUUUAUUUGAUUUAACUUUUAAUCACAUUUUAUUACAUUCCCAUUUCUUGUACAUGUGAAGCCCAACAAAUCACAUUCGAGAUCAUGUGACAGUUUGUUAGUUUUUUCAUGCUCUUGCUGUUUUGCACUGUCAUGGUAUGAACUAAAAUGUUUAAAAUUACAUUUUAUAAUUAUCUAUUUUAUAUGAAAUUGUAUGUUUGUACAAAGCUGCACGUUUAAUAAAUACUAGUAAAUGAAA